CUCAUCAUGAAGCCCUGUCGUCACACUGUGCGCACGGGGGUGCAGUGGUUGUGGGCCCCACUGAAGAUUGCCACUUCGUCAGUUUUCAGCAGGCCCGGCCAUUGCGGAGUGCCUUGUGAAUUUGUUUGCGGAUGCGCUUGCCAGUUAGCCAUGCAACUCACUUGCACUGGUGUGUCGGGCGCCGUGAGCCAGACCGUUUCAUUUUUCUUCUUUUUUCCCCUCCUCCUCCUCCUCCUACUCCUCCGUGCAGGCAGACAUGGCAAGGCCUCGUUCAGGCGCUUGCCCUGCCCAUUGCUUUUAAUGCUCGGCGCCUUGGCAGGGCUGCCGGUCGUGGCGGACUCCGCUGUGGGUUAUGGGGCAUUGCGUGGCCUUCAAUAG